AUGUCACACAUUUAUGAAUCCACUGGCAUCCAAUACUGUGAACUGAGAGACUUUACCUUUGAGAGUGGUGACACUCUCCCCUCCGUCCGUCUGGCAUACCAAGACUUCAACCCGAAUGGCAAGCAGCUUGCACUCAUCCCAACCUGCUUUCGCGGAAGAAUCAAUACCACGCUCAGCUUCACCACGGGCGCGCUCCAGGAUUAUCGUGUCGUCGUGGUGGCGCUAUUCGGCAACGGGGAAUCGUCGAGUCCGUCCAACACUGCUAACUUCCCUGCUCUACUGAGCUAUCAUGACUGUGUCCGAGCUCAGCACAGGUUGCUGGUUGAGCAUUUGAAGAUCUCCUCGGUGGAAGUGAUGAUUGGCUUCUCGAUGGGCGGACAAUGUACCUACCACUGGGCUGCCAUGCACCCUGAGAUGAUUAUAAAUGCGGUGAUGAUAUGCUCAUCUGCCAAAACCAGCCUGCACAAUUAUCAAUUUUUGGAGGGCCCCAAAGCUGCUCUGGUCCACUCAGUGGACUACAAUAAUCCGGCAACCAAAAAAAUGCCCAUUCGUGGACUACACGCAUUUGGACGAGCGUAUUCUGCAUGGUUAACGAGCGCCGAGUGGUUCGAGCAGCGGCUUUUUGAAAAACAAGGAUUCAGUUCUCUUGGAGAGUGGGCCGAAUCAGUGGGAGAGAAGAAUUACGAGGAUUGGCAUCCCGAGAAUCUCUUGGCCAUGGUUGGGAUGUGGCAGCGGUCAGAUAUCAGCAAAGUAUUGAAAUCCAGCGACCAGGAAAUGUCUCUGGAUGUUGCGCUGCGCAGGAUCAGUACAAGAAUCCUGCUCAUGCCCUGUUAUACUGAUCAGUACUUCAGGUGGGAGGCAAGCGAGAAAGAGGCCAAGCUGCUCUCAAAUGGACAGCUGGCGGUGAUUCCAUCAGUGUGGGGUCAUACUGCUGGAGGGGGGGAGUAA